UGACGCAGUUUAUAUGCGCCGCUGUGUAUGUGAGUUGGGAUUCAUUGAAAUUCGUUAUAUUUUCUCAUACAUUGUGUUUAUUGUAUCAUGCGUUGAAUAUGUACGUAAAUUAAACAGAUGGACAUUAUUUGAGCUCCCAUUCUGCAUUCAAGACCAAAUCGGAGGCUGCUUAUUAUGAAGAUAAACGAAGAUACAUUACUGGAGGGGCAGAAGGUUGUACUGGUGCCUUACAACGCAGAUCAUGUUCCCAGAUAUCAUGAAUGGAUGUCCUCUCCUGAUCUGCAGAAGCUGACUGCAUCAGAGCCCUUGACACUGGAGCAAGAGUAUGAAAUGCAGAGGAGCUGGAGAGAAGAUGAUGACAAGUGCACCUUCAUUAUCUUGGAUAAGCAGAAAUGGGCAGAUCCGAGUAUACCAGAGGAACAAUGCAUGGUGGGAGAUGUCAACAUUUUCUUAACAGACCCCAGCGACCCUUCCCUGGCUGAGCUGGAGAUCAUGAUCGCAGUGCCCUACUACAGAGGAAAAGGACUCGGCAAAGAAGUAACACGCAUGAUGAUGUGCUAUGGCAUCAGUAAACUUGGAAUUCGAAAGUUUGAAGUCAAGAUUGGUUUGGAUAACAAAAUCAGCAUAGCUAUGUUCAAGAAAUUCCAUUUCCGAGAGCUCUCCAUCAGUGAAGUCUUUAGGGAGGUCACUCUUGGGGUCACUGUGAACGAAGCGUUACAGAAAGUUGUGUUUGGAAACAUGGAUUUCAUGCAGCAGAGAGAAUAUGGGAAGGCUCGGGACUUUAGACAGGCAACAAUUCCACCAAUAUCUCUGUGAAAAAAUAGCCUUAAUGAAAUGCUCAUUACAAAACAAUACCAAUUAAUCACUCCUUGUGUCACAAAAAGCUGAAGUACUUCCAGUAGGUGACAUCUUUUAAUGUUAAUCACAUUGUGUUGUGUGUAACAAAAUAUUUCUGAAUUUUACUAAUUCAGAAUUAAAUGUGAACUAAACUUUCAAAACUGUAUCUUUAUCAUAUUGUGUGAUUUUAACCUUUUAAGGCAUGGAAAUGAAGACUGGGCUGUAAAACAACCAAUCUGGCCUUAUCUUUCAAUCUGCAUUCUGCAUGUUGUUUUGAUGGAAUAAUUGACAUACAAAUUAAAUAGUCUUUUUUUUGUUGCUUAUCUUAUGAUUGUACUUCUUUGUGUAAAUGCACAAAAUAAUAAAACAGCUUGUCUCAUGCUUAA